AUGGCUCCCAGCCAAAUCACCAGCUCGGGCCAGCGCAAGCGCACUCGAUCCCAAGGUGAGCUGGACUCGUCACCCGCGCCUACCCCCGACAUAGCUGCCGCAGUCAAGCGCCGCCGCCUAAACAGUGUCGCGAACUCGUCGCCGUCGACCCCGAAGGGUUUCUCUGCAAUCACUUCGGCAAUUGGCGGUGUCUUUGAGCGAAUUGGUCGACGCGCAAGUGCCAAAACCGCCACAGCUGCCGACAAGCCGAAGCCUGGAGAAGAGUCUGUGUACGAUGUUAGUAGCGGGGAAGAGGCGACACAGAAGCUGCAGAGCCUCCCGAUAAAACACAAGAAGCUGGGCAUCACGCCGCCCCCGAAGAACACCAAGAAGUCCACCCCGAAUACGAGCGUAUACGAUGUGCCUGAUUCCGGUGACGAACUUGAGCUGCCCCAGAAGAUCAAUGGAGCCAAUGGGGCCAAAGGAGACGAUCAGACGACGCCCUCGAAACGCACUGUGGCAAACCGAGGCUCAAAGACGCCUUCGCGACAGCAGGGCUCGCCUGAAGCGACCCAGGGGGUUGUGGCUACGAAGGAGGAAGUAACACCACGCAGGAGAGGAAGGCCUCCAAAGAAUCAGACGAAAGCAGCUGUACCACCUGCCAGCUCGGGGCCAGCAAUCAAAGCUCGAUACCGUGGUAAACCGGUCCAGAUCCAACCUUCGCCUCGCACAGAGGUCCCCGCGUUGAAGGGAAUAUUGACGCCGCAAAAGAAGAAACUUGGUCGCCCGCGCAAAAGUGUCGCCUUCGACCAAGAGAACGAGAAAGACACCGACGAGGUUUUCUUCGAGGAUCUACCGUCAAAGUCUUCAGCGCCCGCAGCCAAGAAGACGGCCUCCUUAGACGUGGUUGAAGAGGUAGCUGCCUCUGACAGUGAAGAGAGCGAAGAGGAUGGCGAAGACAGCGAAGAUGACGAAGUCUGUGCCAUAUGUACCAAACCGGACUCGCAACCACCUAACCAAAUCAUAUUCUGUGAGAACUGCGACAUGGCAGUGCAUCAAAAGUGCUACAAUGUGCCUGUGAUCCCUGAGGGCGAUUGGAUCUGCCGGAAUUGCUCGCAGGAGGAUGUACUACCUGAAACACAGGCAACUCCCAAGAAGCAAACCGUUGUGAAGAAGCUGACCGACACCCCCACUCCCAACAUUCCGAACUUUGAGAAGCAUCUGCAAAGCAUGCAACGUGUUUUGCUUGACCGCUGUUCUGGUAAUCGUCGCAUCAGGCUUCGUGGUCAGGAUGAGGCCUACGACAAGGCCUACCAACUCGUUGAACAGACGGUCACCGGUGGAGAGGGCAAUUCCAUGAUGGUCAUUGGUGCGAGAGGCUGUGGAAAGACUACUUUGGUCGACGACAUGGUAUCAAAUCUCAAGAGUGAACAUCUCGGGGAGUUCCACAUCGUGCGCCUCAACGGUUUCAUACACACUGAUGACAAGUUGGCCCUCAAAGAGAUCUGGAGGCAACUAGGGAAGGAGAUGGAUAUCGAGGAUGACCUCGUCAACAAGACCAACAAUUAUGCCGACACGAUGGCUUCUCUACUGGCUCUUCUAUCCCAUCCCGCCGAGAUCACAGGCACAGAGGAAGGCGUUACCUCCAAGGCUGUCAUAUUUGUAAUCGACGAAAUCGACUUGUUUGCGACGCACGCUCGCCAGACACUUCUGUAUAACCUGUUUGACAUUGCCCAGGCGAAAAAAGCACCCAUCGCUGUCCUUGGCCUUACUACCCGGAUCGAAGUGGUGGAGAGCCUGGAGAAGAGGGUCAAGAGUCGUUUCAGUCAUCGAUAUGUGUACAUGUCUCUCCCCAAGACAUUGCCAGCAUACUGGGAUGUUUGCAAGCAAGGGCUGUCUGUCGACGAGGAAGACCUCAAGGCAGAAGGCCUCGACACAAGUCUCAAAGGGCUCGAAGAGUUCCGGGACUAUUGGGAACAGAAGAUUGAAGUCCGUGCAUCUCCUCCGGCUGCUGAUAUGAGUAUCACUGACAUGUUGCAGGCCCUUCGGAAGACGUCAGAGUUUGAGGACCACUUGGAAUAUCACUACUAUACGACAAAGUUGGUAUCGGCAUUCCUCACCUCUUGCAUACUGCCCCUCUCGGCCCUUUCGGUUUCGUCGCUCGAUUUGACGAUAGCCUCGGCUCCAAGUGGACCCGUUUCGCUCGAGCCAUCUGAUCCGAAAUGGCAGCUUCUCACAGCACUAUCGGAUUUGGAGCUGUCGUUGCUCAUCUCGGCAGCCCGUCUCGACAUCAUAGCCCACACCGACACGGUCAACUUUGCGAUGGCCUAUGAUGAGUAUAGCUCUCAGAUGGGCAAGCAAAGGCUGCAGUCGGCUACUUCUGGCAUGCUAGCUAUGGGUGCUGGCGCGAGGGUAUGGAGCCGAAGCGUCGCAGCAGUAGCCUGGGAGCGGUUGGUGUCUCUUGGUCUCCUCAUCCCGGCUGGUAUUGGAGGCAGGUCGAAUGCGGCCCAUGGUGGUCUGGAGGGGAAGAUGUGGAAGCUCGAUGUUGCGCUGGAAGAGAUCCCCACGGCUGUCGCACUGCCGGGAUUCCUCGCCAAGUGGUGCAGCCAGAUAUAG